AUGGUGCUUGUUAAUAAGUCUAAAUGGGUUCGACCUGCAGCAGAUUUUGUAAAGGUUAAUUGUGAUACAUCAUUGGACUUGAAGAAUAGGAGAAAGGGGGUGAGAAUAAUUAGUAGAAAUGAAGAGGGAGAGGCACUGCUUGCGGUGUGUGAUAGUAGAAGGAAUGUACAGUCUCCGAAAGUUGCAGAAAGUAUGGCUCUGUGGAAGGCAAUGCAGAUUUGUAAUGAACUCAAUAUUCAGAAAGUCAUCUUUGAAGGGGAUGCAAAGACAGUUAUCAUGGCUGUGAAAAAUGAUGAAGAAAUUUUGUCUCUUGUUGGUCCUUUGAUAGAUGAUAUUAGAAAUGUCUUUAAGCUUAGGAAGGACUGGUUUUUACAAUUUGAUUAUAGGGAAAAAAACUCUAUUGCACACAAUUUGGCUAAGGCUGCUUUACACUUAGAUUUGGAAAAAAUUUUGAUAGAAGAAGUUCCGGUCUUCAUAGUCAAUAAUCUGAAUUUUGAUAGAAGAUGUAAACAUGAAACACUUUUAUAA